AUGACAAGCUGCAACGGGAGAACCACGAGUUCCGGGAAAGCAUUUUUAUCGCUUAGCGAGUGGCCAAAAGAUGUCACCGUAGGCUCAGUCGUCACGCUCUACGGGUCUGCGCUUUGUACGCUCUGGCCAAGCAGUGCUCGGGAGGUGGUGGACGCUCCGCUCGUGUGCGAUGAGAACCCGCCGCACCUGGUGCGUUCAGAGCUGCACGACGUCAACGCAGUGCGUAUUGCAGCACCAGCUGCUGCGUUUGACGCAGUUGCAGACAAAGGAGCCCCUCCAGAGCAGAACCGAGCAUGCGUGCAGGUCAUUGGUCCCCGGGCUCCUGCAUCUGAGCUCUGGCUCGAGGAGUUGUUGUUCCCCGAGGCAGAUGCAUCGCUUGGUCCACCACAGUGCGAAGAUUCCGCCUCACUGCGAGCGCUUCUGCUCUAUUUGCCUGUCGUUGCCGGUGCAGUGAUUCACCAACGUUGGCGAGUCCUUCGAGUCCACGGAGGAAAUUGGAUUACGCUCGCAACCCAAAUCCACCGAACGCCCAAACGAGUUGAACAUACGCUCGUGCGCGCUAUCGGGGACGCGACCCCCGAUACUCAAGUUUACUUCCGUUUUGCGAAGAAGCUCAUUGAUUACAUCAAGACGCUCUGGUGCCUGCCUCGAGCAUAUGGCGGCGGCGUCAUUCAUGGGUGUAUUUUGGCAGGCCCUGCCGGGGUCGGCAAGACGUACGCCGUCAGGCAAGCAUCGCAGGACUUGGAAGCGGAGCACAUUACUUUCAGGCUCCGAGAAAAGGGGCGCGACCUGGGGACGCUUCGCUCAAAUCUAGAGGCGCUAACCGCUGAGAUAUUUUGGCGACUGAGUAGAGCGUCCUGCGAAGAACGCCCUUGCAAAAACACCAUCAUUCUCUUCGAAGAUAUUGAUCGAGUGUGUGGUGAGCGAGCGCCUUUCGCCGCGAGAAACGCUUCUGAAGCAACGGACGCGCUUCCGCUUCUACUUGUGAACUGGUUUGAUACGAUCGAGCAUCGACUGUCGGCUGGGCGUUCGCGAGUCGUUUGUGUGGCGACUGUGAGAAGGCUCGGCGACAUGCCGGUCUCUUUGCGACGAGGGGGUCGCUUCGAAGGACUCAUUCACGCCACGGUACCUACAUUCGAGGAGCGGAUCGCGCUGAUGCGAGCGCUUGGAGCACCGGACCCGGCGUCUCUGGCGGCACAAACGCCCGGCUACGUGGCCAGUGAUUACGUUCGCCUCGCCAGUUGUGGAUUUUCUUUUCAGAGAGCCGGUGGCGUUGCCGCGCGAGCGCACCAGACGUAUCGAAUUGAGCACCCAAAAUGCCUGGAUGUUCUCGUGGACGGAACUAAUGCGUCAAGUUUGCGACAUCAGUUUCGUGGAUUCGAUGCCCUCGGUGGACACCACGCCACAAAAGAAGCGCUGUUCCGCGCGUUGGCCUGGCCUCUCCUGUACCGCAGUACCUGUGUGCGACUGGGAGUGCGACCUGCUCGUGCAGUGCUGCUCUACGGCCCACCAGGAUGCGGGAAAACGCGUCUCGUUCGGGCUGCAGUGGAGACGCUCUGGCGACAAGGAGCUCCGUUCACCUUCAUUCAUGUUAGCAGCGCCGAUCUUUAUUCCGCGUAUCUGGGAGAAUCCGAGCGAACGCUACGUGAAAUUUUCUCGAUCGCACGCAGCUCGAGUCCCGCGCUCGUUUUUCUCGACGAAAUCGACAACCUUAUAGGAAUCCGAAAUGCAGACACGUCGGCAGGGGCAUCUGAUGUCGCCAAUCGUCUCUUGGGGACGCUCCUCACCGAAAUAGAUGCUAUGAACGAAACAGAUGCGCAUGUAGUGUUGACUGGAGCUACCAAUCGUAUCGAUCGCGUCGAUGCGGCGCUACUGCGCCCGGGACGCUUUGACCUGCAGCUCGAGGUACCGUUGCCCAGCGCAGUCGAUCGGCGAGCGAUCCUUGAACUCUACCUCACCCGGGCGCCAACUGAGACGCCCAUGCGAACCACGUUUGACCAACAAGCAUCAGAGACGGCUUUGCUUCCUGGUUCCGUUGCUUUGGAUGAACUAGUUGCCCAGACAGACGGCUGGAGCUGCGCUGCGAUCGAGCAGCUAUGUUUCGACCUUGUCUCGCGACAAGCUGAGCUCACUGGAUGCGAGCAAGCACCGUGA